AGAGGAUUUUGUUGAACCAGUUCAGUCCCUGGCCCAGCUACGCAAGCAACUACCAUUUGAAAAACCAAAGAUUCCAAUACAUUAGCCUACGAGUUAAGAAUUUCCUUUUUUCAAUAAGACAGAUGUAUGUCCGUGUUCACAAGUUCAAUAAUCGAUAGCCCAUGUCCUUGAUAUAUGUUAAAUUUCGAGGAAGUGCCGAAAAUGGACGGAUAUGGUUGUACUACCUACAUCUGUUUGAUUGCUACAGUUGUAAUGUGCAUCAUUCUAAGCGAUUGUAGGAUAAGUCAAGCUAUAAAUUUCCAUCGAGUAGAUAUAAGGUAUAGCAAAGAGUUAUCCUUUGAACACUUUUUGGCUGAGAUUUAAAAGCAAUUUCAUGCUUUCUUUUAGAAGCAAGUUCUUUUUAUUUUCUUUAUACAGUUGAUCCAUCUUCAUAAAAAAAGAGUUUUUCAUCUCGUAAGGCUACAAUAGAUAUUAUAAGAAAAAAGUAAUCAAAAGCUUUCUCAGAAAAAC